AACUGGAACCAGGACAAGGUUUUGUCUUUUGUGUCUAACUCAGUUCCACCACAUCCUUUUAAUCUCCUACAUAUCCACAACUUAUUUCCGAAUCUCCCUAACAUUCAUUUCAGAGACAUGGAACUUUCUCAAUUCUCUUUAUCGGCCACCGUCGUUACCGGAAUCUUCUCCCUUCUCCUCUUUCUCUAUACCCUCUUCAACAUAUCUACAAGAGUGGUUGGCGCUCAUCGAAAGAAACUCCCACCCGAACCCGCUGGUCAUUGGCCAGUGAUAGGUCACCUCCAUUUGUUAAGUGCAACAGAACCAGCUCACAUAACCUUAGCAAAGUUAGCAGACACGUACGGACCAAUAUUUACUUUGAAAUUGGGUAUGAGCAAAGCCUUGGUUGUGAGCAGUUGGGAAAUAGCGAAAGAGUGUUUCACUACAAACGAUAGAAUCUUUGCCUCUCGUCCAAAGCUCGUGGCCUCCAAGUUGUUGGGAUAUAACUACAACAUGUUAGGACUGAGCCCGUAUGGUCCAUACUGGCGUCAUAUCCGUAAACUCGCAACGCUUGAACUCUUGACGAACCGCCGCCUCCACCAGUUCCAACAUAUCAGAGAAUUUGAAGUGCAAACUUCAAUUAAGAAGCUGUAUGAGUCAUGUAUUAGAAACAAGAAAGCGUUGGUGGAAAUGAAUACGUGGUUUGGGGAUAUAACUCUUAACACAAUCUUUAGGAUUGUCGUUGGAAAGAAAUUCUCAAUAGCAAUGGAUGGGAGUGCUGAUCGAAAUGAAGUAUAUCGUACGGCUUUGAGGGAGUUUUUUGAAUGGUUUGGAGUGUUUGUGCCUUCAGAUAGUUUUCCAUUUCUAAAGUGGUUUGAUUUGGGUGGACAUGAGAAAGCCAUGAAGAAGACAGCUAAAAUUCUUGACGAGGUGUUUGAUAAAUGGCUUCAAGAACAUCGACAGAGAAGAAAAUUUGAGGAGAGUGAGAAUGACUUCAUGGAUGUACUUCUUUCUAAUGUUAAAGAUGCAGAACAAUUUCCAAACUACGAUGCAGAUACGGUUAUCAAGUCUUCAUGUUUGGGUCUCAUAUUGGCUGGUUUUGACACUACAACAGUAACAAUGAUAUGGGCACUUUCUUUAUUACUCAACAAUGAAGAAGCACUCAAAAGAGCUCAACUUGAACUAGAUGAGCAAAUUGGGAGACACAAGCAAGUUAAAGAAUCAGAUAUAGUAAAUCUUAAGUAUCUCCGAGCAAUACUGAAGGAAACAUUACGUUUAUAUCCAGCAGGUCCACUUGGAGUUCCUCAUGAAUCUACAGAAGAUUGUAAAAUUGCUGGCUAUCAUAUUCCAGCAGGAACACGUUUAAUGGUGAAUAUUCAAAAGCUUCAAAGAGACCCACGUGAGUGGAAAGAUCCCUGUGAAUUUCGACCAGAAAGAUUUCUAACAAGUGAAAAAGAUUUUGACGUUGGAGGAAAAAACCCCAAGCUCAUACCAUUCGGAACUGGACGUAGAAUGUGUCCAGCAGUUUCAUUUGCACUUCAGAUUAUGCAUUUAACACUUGCAAAUUUGCUUCAUGGAUUUGAAAUUGAAAGGCCAUCUCAAGACCUCAUUGAUAUGGAAGAAAGUGCUGGUAUGACUAGCAUUAAAAAGGAGCCACUCCGAGUUAUUAUAAGCCCACGCCUCCCACCUCAACUUUACGAAUGAUAUGCUGAAUCAAUUGAUCGAAAGUUGGAAUCAAGUAUCAAACAUGGUUGGGAAAACUAUUUUCCAAGUUAUUAUAAGGUUGUAAGUUUUGUUCAAUAAUUGUUCUAAUUGUUUUUCUCUUGACACUGUUAGUCAAAUAAUAGUUGUUAUUAUAAGAUGAAAGUAUACUUAAUUAUAUUAUACCUAUUAUUGAUAUAAAUAGAAAUUUUAAAUAAA